AUGAGAUGGGGUCAUAAAGCUAAUCCGGAUAGGUGGUUCAUAAACUUACAACCACAAUUCCAAGAAGUUGUAGACGCAAUGGAAGUCAAUGGUGAACCAGAUAUAGCUGGUAUUUUAAGCGCGGCUUUAAUGCCAUUGAAAGAUAUGAAACAUGCAGAUAUUUUGGACCAGUAUGAAAUGAACAUGGCUGAUGGAAAUAUAACACCUGACGUUCUAGAACAUUUAUCUCAAAGAACUACACAGAACCAUAGAGAUGGUAUAUUUGGUGAAGAGUUUAGAAAGAAAGUUAGGGAGAGCGAAGGAAGAGAACCUAUUGUACAUGACCUUGCAAACGAAAGUUUACAAAAUGUCAUAAAAACUUACUUUGCAGACAAUGAACCGAGAAGGGAUGAAUAUUUAAGAAAACUCAAAUGGACAGUACCAAAUGAAAUGUUAGUAUUGAAAAACAUGUUCCUUGACAAAAUAAAACCAACUACAGAAAUAAACGACGCAAGACUGAAAGAUUGGGUAAAAGCUUUCCCAUUCACAAAAGAUAUAGUUGGUAACAUGGAAAGAAAACCAGAAUGGCUACAAAAACAUAUAUUUGGAAACGAGCAUAUUCCAUAUGGACAGGCACUGUUUGAAGAGCUUGAACCGGAAACUCAGGAAAGAGUCAUGCAAACAAUACGCGAAGACUCAAAUACAGACUAUGACAAACUCUUUCUAGGAUAUAGGUUACCUGAGAUGGGCGACCAGAGCCAAAAGGCAAAAAGGACAUGGGAAAUUUGCAACAUACUAGAUGAACAUAAUGCAAAGAUGCAACAACUUCAAGCAGAGGGCAAUGAAGGAAAAAGAAGAGUUAAAAACUCAGUCAGGAAGAAAGUAAAGCUUGGUCCACGUGGGUUCUAUUAUGA